AAUAUAUUAAGAUAAAACUAAAUGCAUAUUACAUACAAUUUUCUAUCCAUAAUCCAGGGAAGUAGGUAAAUGCAACAAAAAUUGUUAUCUGCACCAGCUAUUUUGAGGAUAUUUUAACAUGGGUUCAAAUUUCUACACAGCUAACUAUUACAUUAUCUAAAAGCUAAAUGUCAAGUCAUGCAUUUUAAGUUCUGCUCAACGGAGUGUAAACUUGAUCUUAAUAACGUUAAAUGAACUAUACUUAGUAAGUUUGAAAAAUGGAACACAUUACAAUGUACUGAGCAACAGCUGUAUUAAUUAACUACAUCAUCUGGAUAUAAAAAAGUUAAAGAUGGAAGAAGCAAACAGUACAUGUAACAGGAUGGGAUUUUACAAGGCAGACAAUCAUUUGGAAAUUUAUAGAUCAUCAAAUAGCCAAAAAGGAUGGACAUGUAUAUCCCAAUUUCAAUCAAUUAAUCAAGAAAUGUAGAACAACAAAAUGCUGUUUUUCGAAGACAUGUACAGUACUGUUGAUGCAUAUUUUAUUGUUUAGUGAAGUGGCUAUUCUGAUGUCAUCAUUUUCCCUUUUCCAACACCUUCAGAAGCGUGAGAAACGUCACUUUCCAUACAUUCAGAAUCAGCCGUCAGUGCCGACGUAUAAAGCACGAGGUCGUAGAUAUUUACCACAUGGAUAUGGAAUGUAUGAUGAAUGGAAACCACACCCACAGAACGUUCAGCCCGAGUAUACUGAUGCUGGCCCAGACUGGAAAUCCAGACUGAAGUAUCUACCCCAUCCUGAGGACCCUAAGUACCCUGCCAUGGAAAUUUUCGAAAACAAUUGGAAAGCAAUGAGGCCCUUCCCUUCUCGGAUGUCCCAGAUAUUUACUGAUACUUAUAUGAACACAUGUAAAGAGUGGUUACUGGAUCCAGGCUUAUCAAACAAAGGGAUGAAGUGCAACUUCAACGGCCAGCACAUGGCCACAAGAACAUCCGCAGAUGAAAUUACUCACUCCAUGUUGUUUGGAAGGGGAAGAACUGCUAACUGGAUUGACAGAAGGAACGGUAUAGGAGAACAUUCUCCGGGAGACAAACCCUAUAAAACACCAGAAUAUUCCUCAAAAUUUCACAAACUUGGCUCGUCAUUACCAGUUAUAGACUUUGGACUUAUAAGAAAACCCAUUGUUAGACCCAACGAGGACGAGUGUCCAAAAUUGUUGGAUACUCCAGUUGUGUUAAGUGCUAACAGUCCGUGGAAGAAAGGUCCUGAUACGUUUGUACCUUUACAGCCAUUGCCUAAUGAACCAAGAGAGCCGUUCCGAGUGAAAGCACGAAGAGAAGAGAAAGAACUAGAGAAGAAAACUGUGAAAGCGUUAGAUGAUUGGAGACCUGCCACACCACUGAAACCAGAGAAAGUUGAUGAAAAGAAAUAGAUUUUCUGCCGUAUCUUCCUCAACCAGUAUUAUCCGAUUUCUUUUGCACUAAGGGGAGAUUAAAACAUAACAAGACUGAAUUCCUCAAAACUUUAUCCAGCAGAUAAUAUAUAUCCACUGAUUUGAUGCGAAAGAAAAAGAUAUGUUGUUUCAGUUGGCAGUUCAGUUUAUUAUAUCAAAUCAUUAAGUGUAGAUUAAAGGGAAGUUAAAUCAUGUUAUCAAGAUUAUUCCAGUGACUGGAUUGAGUUUGUAGCAACUUGUCUAUGAUGUUAGUCUUUCAGGACAUUAUAGCAAAAUCUUUAAGGUGAAACUCAUAGAAGAUCCUAAAGGAAUGAAAUUCCUCAAACAGUUCUACAAUUCAAGACAUUCUGUGAUAUGAGAUGAUGUGAUGGCUAUUUUCAUAAUAAAUGUUUUUGUUUUUUUUAAAAAUGCAAAAUUCUAAAGUUUCUUUUUUUUUGGUAAAUUUGAUUUCAAACAAUUAAAUUUUAAGAACUUUGAGAAUAAAAAAUGUGUUUAGUAUAGCUUUUUACCUAUGAAAGCUUGUUAGCUGUAAAGUAGCAAGUUGUUACUUUGCUUUCUUGGACAAAGCAGGAAUACAAUGUAUAUCAUUUUGUUCAUGUCUGUCAGUCAAUAGACACUUUGUUUUUUAAUCAGUAACUAAAGAAUACUUUGGCCCACAGUGAAUUAUUGCAUGUGGUUAAUAGAUGAUUCCUAUCCUUUUAGGGGCCACUAUGUCAAAGGUCAAAGUCAGUUAAAUUUUAAACCGUAAAUGGUUUCUAAACAACAGCUUGAAAAUGUUUGGGUCUACAGUUGUCAAACUUUAGGAGAUGAUUUUUUUGACAAUGUGUACGGUAGCAUUUUCAGAUCAGUAAGCAGAGAAUGCUUUGGCCUGGAACUUUAAAAUUACCAGUGGUCAGUAGAUGACCCCUAUUAUUUUUGGGAUCAGUGAAUUUAAGGUCUUGGACACAGUGACCUCGAGACUUACUGGUGAAAUGGUUUCUGAUCAAUAGCUGGAGAACAAAAUUAGGCUUAUGGCCAUCAAAUUUUAGAACCGAACAAUUUUUAGUUAGUAGAUAACCCUUAUCAUUUUCUUGGCCAGGAGGUAAAAGGUCAAUGUCACAAUGACCUUUUUAGACUAAAACUGGUUAAUGAUAUAGCUGGAGAAUGCUUGGACCACCAAAUUCAGUAGCCUGAUUUUCUGUGAUAGUAAGAUGACCUUAUUGGUUUUGAGGUCAGAGGUUAAGGUCACAUCAUUAUUAAGACUGGAAAUUAAACAACUAGUUACCACCUACAGGUCAACAUGGGGGUGCAUAUAUGUCUUACAAACAGCACUUGUUUUGUUUUGAAUUCCACUUAUUUUUGGAUGAAAUUCUGGUGCUUCUGUUUUAACCUUUAUGUUGGAGAAUUUUUGUUAGAAUCUGUAUUAUAAUUUAGUUACAUGUAUGUGUAAUCUGAGAUUCAAAGUGACCUUUCUGAAAAUAUAAAAGGCAUAUACUUGGUGAAUACAGUCUAAAAUAAUUAAAAGAUUAGCAGCUGUUGUUUUGACUUUCACGGGUGUUGUUGAUGUAAUCACUUUAUUAACAGGUGUAUGACCUUUGUUGUUAAGGUCAUUGAAUCAAGUUAUAGUCAUAUACCAUGUUUAAUGAUAAUAUGGAAGGCAUGUCUUCAACUUGCAUAUAGUGUUCGUUAUGUAACUGACCUCUAAAAGGUUUCAUUUGGAAUUGAUACCUGUGUUGCAUGUACAAGUCCACAGCAGUGAUAGUAUCGAAAUAUUUAAUGUUAGAUAGUGUUAAGAUACUUACAUCACUAGACUGCAAAAUAUUACCUUGAAUCAGGACCAAAAUUUAGGGUAUAUAUAGUGACAGAGCACUGAAAGUUCUGUUAAACAUGAACACUACUCACAAAUGUACUUUUCAUUUUAUUUUAUUCCAGUUUCUUAAGAUUGAAGAUUAUUAGAGGAGAUGUGAUUCUGAUCCCAGUGGGGCUCGGGCUUGCUAGACUGAUUUCUAGCAAUAUGUCCCUCAACUCUCAACUUAAAAUAAGUAAAACAUGAAUGAUCACAAAAGAUUUUUAAUCUGGACAACCAAAAGAGGUUUUUGUCCUCUAUUAUUCUGCCUCAGAUUUUGCUCAGUAUAAAGUAUAUACCCACACAGUUGUUGACACAAAAUAUUGUUUUUAUUAUGAUUUGCCUCUUAAUAUAUUACAUGUGUUUAUUUAUAUCAGGGUGAUAAUAUAACUGUUACUAUUUCUAACCCAGUUUAUAUUCUUGCAACUGUUGAAAAUACGUUUAAUUCUUAAACUGCCAGCAUUGUGCGUAUCUGUGAUAACUGGUUAAUGUUAACAUUGUGUUUGUUAUUCUGUUACUUAUACUUACAAUAUUUGUGGGUAAUUGUAUUGAAUAAGGGAAUUUUAAAAAAUGUUGUUGUAUCAAGGUUGUCGCUAUUCAGAGGUGUCCAAAUUAAUAGAGGUUCUACAGUAUUUGAUACCCUGUCUGUACUGCAAACAGCAUACAGAAUUUUCUGUGACUUUCAAGAUGAACUUUUAUGACUGCACACAUCAGAUUCAGUUGAAAAUCUUUAGAAUUUUUAUUAUAUAUUAAUCUGGUAUAUAUUUAAAUUUUAUUGAUCAAAAUGUGCCUUUUAUUAAGAAAUCACUGUUAAAAGGUUGAUAUAGCUGAUGAAAUUUUUAAAAAAAUAUUGAUGUCCAAAGAUUUUUCUUUUUAAUUUUGUUUUCAAUUAAUAUGUCAUGUUUCUGUAAAUAAGGGUUAUUCAGAAAUAAUGAUUUUUUUUUUAAUUUUUGCUUCCAGUUUUGACUGUAGCACAUCAACUAUAGACUGGUCAACAGCACAAAAUUUGGACCAGCAAUUUAUAUAAGGAGUAAUGUAAGAAAAUGUGUAUAAUAUUUUAUACAAUUUUAAUUAUAUUUAAUAGAGGUGUUAACUACUUACCCAAAGUUUAUUUAUAGAUUGUAUGUUAACAUACACAUAGUGUGAUAGAAUACAGUAUUACAUAUAGAAAUAGUUUGCCUUUUGUACAGGGAAUGUUUUGUUAUUGUUAUUUUGUUAGAGCAUUAUUUUCUACAUGACUUAUUUACAUCUCAUGUGUAAGCAUUUUACUUUUUGAAUACUACUCUGUCAUUUUCUUUGCUCAAGUAAUUAAAAAGCUUGUUUUUGAGAAA